UAUUAUCAUGGUCAAAGCGAAGAAGAAGAAUGCGAGUACGCGAAGGCGUUCUAACGAUGCCGCUGGAUUACAUGAGAGUCACAAGCGCAGUGAAUCAAGCAACUGGGAGGGCGAAGAACAGGAAAGCCAGAAGCAAUAUGAGAAUGACACCGAUUCGCACGACUAUGAAGAUGGAGGCACAGGGGAGGAUAACCCAGAGGGUGCAGACGGGGAUAGACGAUUUGCGCUGACGAUAGGGGGCUAUAUAGUUGUUGUGGUUAUAACUCUAUUUGUAGUAUACUUGCUGUCUCUAAUACUUCGGGACGAACGCAUGUACUUGCAAGAGGCAGAGUUGCGGUCAUUUGUGCUCAACGUACUUGUAGACAUAGUCAGGGGCUGCGCCUUUAUGUAUGCGGCGCUUAUGGUUGGUGUACUGAGAGGGUCAGAACCCUUCUAUCUGCACAUAAUUAUGGCUGUGAUCUUUCCCUUCUACCUUAUCGGACUCGGAUCACAUUACCACCACGCACUUGAGUACGAGAGUUGGGAUGUGGCCACUGCUGUGUGCUGGUCUGCACUGUGUGAUCUAACAUACCUGAUUUGGCCUCUCAAGCUUCUGUGGCGUUCGUUUGUGUGGUUCACAUUACUGUGCGGCGGUAGGUUAACUCUCUUGGGAACGGCAUGGGAUAUAAUCACCCUAGUGAUCUCCUUUCUGUGGUUUGUGGUGGAGCUUAUACCCUCGGUGGCCUUGGUAGUGGUGCUAAUUAUCCAAAACGCUACGUUCGAUGAUACGCAACCGUGAAGUGAUGUGGACUCACUUCGGGGAUCACCCACAGGCUAGCCCAACUAUCGCUGAGACUCUUGCUGGAUAAUAAUGCCAGAGAACGCUGUAAAGAGGACACAUGGAUAAUACGAUAUUGAGGUGGUGUGCCGCUACUAUGCAUAGUACACACUUAGACUUUGGCCGGGUAUUGGCUGCUGGUGACAUCGUCCAGUCGAUUGUAUUCGGUUCAGAUCGCACGAUCCGCUUUCAUUGAUGUGCCGACCUAAAUAAGUAUCGAGUUAAAUUCUCAAAGUGGGGAAUUACAUACAAACUCAAUACAUCGAUAAGGAUUAGCCGGGUUUUCACCGGAUCAUCCCGCUGCGUAGCUAUAUGAACCUAGCCAUAUUUGCAUCAAGUGGAAGGCGCUGACCGACACCGCAAAUGGAUUAUAUGCCGGCAAAAUUGGUACUGGAUUGGAGUAUCUUGAAAUGGAACAUUAAAUCGCCCGUGUGUCUUGAUCCUACUGAACCGCAUCCACCUUUAGCAGGACUCGGAGCAGGACCCACCUCUAUGAAAGUGGGAAACUGAGGGUAUGCUCCUAGUGUGUGACCUUGCGAGCGAAAGGUCUGGGGGCAAUACAAGCCUGAACAACCUGAUGGCGUACACUAUGCCAGUGACAAUUCGUAUCAUUUGUUA